AUUAUUUUUCUCCUAAUUAUCUUUAAUUUAAUUUUCAUAGAAAAAACUUUUGUAUCGAAUUGAUUAUACUUAAUAUAUUAAAAGAAUCUACAUAUUUAAUCCCUUUCAUACCGUUUUUAAUUAAAAUGGCUAGUGUAUCUUCUGCCUCAUCAAUUGUUAUUCCACCUGCACCUUCUCCUUAUAUUAGGUUCGCAUCGCUAAGACAUUGGUAUUCACGCUCAGAACAAACAUCUGAAGCAGCCGAAGCACGUUUAUUAUCACGUUUAGCAUAUUUUACAUUAGGAGGUAAAACAUUAGGUACACCAGCUGAUUCAAAAACAACAGCAAAAGUAGGAUUGGUCGAUUUAGAUGGUGAUGGAAUAAGAAAGAUUAAUACAUUAGUUAUAGAUCAAAAAGGUAACGACUUUGCAAUCGACAAUGGAUCAAUUUCAUCCUUACUCUCUUCAUCAAAAACUGACUCGCAUACAACAAGUGAAGAACAACAACUUGGAUUUACUCAUGUACCACAAACUGAUUUGAAAGUGCAAUCAAACACGACUACAGUAAACGAAAGUAAAAAUUCUUCGAUAAAGAAUUUAGUCAUGUGUCAUGGUUUUGGAGCGGGACUUGGAUUUUUUUAUAGAAAUUAUCAUGGAUUAAGUCAAGUACCGGGAUGGAGAAUAUAUAGUAUAGAUUGGUUGGGUAUGGGUAGAAGUUCUCGACCAAAAUUCAUUAUAAAAGAAAAAGAAGUUGAUAAAUAUGUUGAGGAAACCGAAAAAUUUUUUGUUGAUUCUUUAGAAAAAUGGAGAGAAAUUCAUCAAAUUGAUAAAAUGACCUUAUUGGGACAUAGUUUAGGUGGUUAUUUAGCAGCAGUUUAUGCUUUAAAAUAUCCUAAACAUGUAGAAAGACUUAUAUUGGUUUCACCAGUUGGUAUACCAAGAAAUCCACAAAAUGAUCCAGAAUUUUAUAAUUCUGAUGGUCGCGGUGUAAGACAAAUUCCUGGAUGGGUAUCACGACUAUGGAAUGCACAUUUCACUCCACAAUUAAUAUUACGUUGUUUAGGUCCAUUUGGGCCAUCUCUUGUAUCAAAAUAUACAACGAGGAGAUUUUCACAUCUUGAGGAAGUAGAUCAAUUAGAUUUACAUGAUUACAUUUACCAUAUUUCCACAGCUACAGGUAGUGGGGAAUAUUCCGUCACAAGAUUACUUGAACCCGGUGCUUACGCUCGUAAUCCAUUAAUUGAUAGAUUACAUGAGAUUAAAAUGCCUACUACAUUUUUAUACGGUGAACAUGACUGGAUGGACUUUCGUGCUGCCGAAAAGGCUAAAAAAUUAAUGAAUGUACCUGUUAGAAUUGAAAGAAUACCAGAUGCUGGACAUCAUCUUUAUCUUGACAAUCCUAUUGAUUUUAAUAGAGCUGUUAUUGAAGAAAUGCUUGAAGUGUCUAAUAUUAGCAAGCUAAAUUAUUUAUCAUUAUAGAGAUUAUAGAGUUUAUUAAUUCUUUUUUUUUUUUAUUUUUUUUUUGUGUAUUUAAUAAUACGAAUGAACAAAUGAAUAGUCUUUUUUUAAUAAAAAUAAAAUUUUAUUUAAAGCUUUUAGCAAUUUCUAUCAUUCUAUUUUUUUUUCUUUACAUAAAGAAACCACUAUUAUUAAUAAUAAACUUACCUACACUAUUAACUAAAAUAAACAAAAUUUUAAUCAAUGUUUUUUUAAAUAAAUAUUCGUAGUCAAUAGACUUACCUCUAUUUAAAUAUUAUUUUAUUUAUUGAAUACUAAAUAAUUUUAAGAAGAAUUAUUGAUAAAUUCCUUUUCCAUUCACAAUUUAUCAAUGACUGGUAGAUUUC